AUGACCUUUGACGAGAACGACGGCGCUUUGACGAGCGCUGCGCCACCAAAAGUAGCCGCACUCUUGACGUUUACGAACGUGCACACGACCACGAGUACGAAUACGACCAACGCGUUCUCUAAACGCGGAGGAGAAGAAGACUUGAUCGAUGAUGAAAUCGAACGCGUUUUGAACGCGAGAGGGGUGAAACGGUCGAGCUUUUUUGAAAUCGAGAAAAAUGGUGCAGAAGAAAACAUCGAAGAAGACGUCGCACUCGGCGCGAUGAUGAAAACGCACGUCCGCGCGAUGAUUUCUCACGCCUUGCUCGUCUCCGAAGACGCGACGAUCGUGAUAUCUGGAGACGAUUUUGAGAUGACUUUAAAACAGUUCGCGCGCGCGAUAUCGUGGGCGAGCGAAAUCGUGUUCGAGAAAGAGUUAAGCCGGGUGCCGAAGAGCGCGUUUACGUUGAAAGCGACGUGCGCGGCAAUCGGGAUGAAGGAGAAGGCGACGUUGGUGGACGUGGUUGCGAUGCGAACGGUGGGAGGGUUAGGGGCGAGUUCUUCGGAAGAUGAGCGGAAGGGCGCGAAGUUGGAGCGGACGGAACUGGUGAAUAAGGAAGACGCGAGGGAUAUCGUGAAGUAUUUGCCGAGAGGCGACGACCGGGCGGUUGGUUUUUGUUUUUAUUUAAAAGUUGGCGAGAAUAGACCGGUUGGAAAGUUACGGUUGAUUGCGUUACCACCAGUCGCGCCGAAAGCGUCGGUGUUUGCCACGUCGACGAGCGAGGAGGUGCUGAAAAGACAGGCGUCGGUGUCGAGAAUUUCAGCCGUCGCGAGCGCGUUGAGAGAGUACGGAGGAAUGGACGCAAAGUCGCAACAGCAGCAACAACAGCAAAGUGACGUGUUGGCGAGACGUUGGCGCAAGAAUCCAGCGACGAGAUUGUUGCACGCGAUGCUCGUGGACGAUGCGGAUGAAGGCGAGAGUAGUGGUGGUAGUAAUAGCGGGAACUACGUCUUUCAGAAAUAUUUCCGAAGCGCGUGUAUCAUCAACGGGUCGACGCCGUUUGGAGGAACACAAAUCGCCAACAUGGCUGCGGCGACAGCCAUUUUACCGCCACCGCCACCGUCGGUGAAGAAAAUAGUACACAUCCAACAACAAAAUCACGAGAAACAGAGGUCGAAAAAGAUAUUAGAGUUGGAAACGCGAGGCAAGGUGGCGGUAAACGUGCCGCCGCCGCCGCCGCCGAUGAUGACGGCUCAAAAAGUUGAAACAGAACGUUUAGAAAACAAGUUGGGUGGGCGUAAUAAUUCUGUGCGUAUAGCGACGACAUCGACGCCGAACGCUUCACCGUUACCGUUUCAGUUUAACGAAGACAACGAGGAUGACAUGCCGCCGACGCCACAAAAUUUGAAUUUUCACACGCCUCAGAUGGCGUUUCACUCCGACGAACAAAGACAACAACAACAACAACAACAACAACAAAAUACACAACGAAAAAAGAGAACGCCGCUCGCGGACAUAUCGGUCACGAUACCUUCCCCGCCCGUAGUAAACGCAUCAAACGACAACGACUAUUACGCCGCCAUCAUUGGCGAGUUGAAAUUAAAUCUGGAACAAGAACGCAAACGUACCGUGGAGGCGGAAGAACGAGCGAUGAAAUCAUCUGAAGCCGAAUCGAUUUGGCUUUCGCGCAUGUCCGCGGCACGGCAUGAAGACGAUAAGCGACGCGACGAACUCGAGAUGUUGCGUCAAUUGCACGCCGAAAUGCAAGCGAGAGCGAAAGAUGCCGAGGAGAAGGCAAAUGUCAUCGAAGAGCGGUGUAAAGACUACCGAAAGUUAUCGGCGGAGUUGGAAGCCGAGUGUUCGCGUUUGCGAACCUCUGCGCAAAACGCGGAAUCUUUAGCGAAUGGGUUCGAGCAAGAGUUACAAGGUAAAACGAAAGCGUUGGAAGCGGAAGCUGCGGAACUCAAUCGCGUUAUCGAGAAGUUUACAUCUACGGAAGAGGAAUGCACAAAGGCGAGAGCGCUUUCGCGUCUGUUACAAACGCAAUUGGACCAAACGAAUCGAAAGUUUGACGACGUAUCUGCAAAGUUAGAAGACUCGGAAAAGAGGGAAGAUAUUCUGAAGCGAAAGUUAAAAACCGUGGAAGACGACCGCGACUCGUUUCGAGCGAAAGCCGAAGACGCGGAAACGGCUUUACAACCGACGAAACUCCUUGCACAGAAGCAACUUGAUGAGAUCAAAUCGCGCGAAGCUGACCGAGACGUUGCAUACGCUGCCGCCGAUUUCGCGAGACGCACUAACGCGAGCGUAUCCGCGCAACGCGAUAAACUGCUAGCUGAAAAUGCGUUGUUAAGAGAAAAGUUGGCCGUGACUGAAGCGGCCGCAAAAUCGGCGCUUUCCGGGAUUGAUUUCGCGAACGGCGCGAGUAUGGGUUUUGGUUCUACCGAGGAUAAAUCACAGCAGUCGAUGAACUCUGCGCAACUCAAUUACGAAUCGCCAAGUUGGUUGCACGAAUAUGCCGCGUUUUCAAGGGUCGGGACGGCGUAA